AAAAGUAGUGGAGUUCAAAGCUUGGCGUCAAUGUCAAUAAUGGCGGUCUGGUCUAGGUUUUUUUUUACAUCUUCUCCACCAUAGAAUAUAAAAGCUAAUUCCUUCAUACGGUCUCUCUCCUCUUUUUCGUUUUUGCCAACAUGGGUCACCAUUUGAGAACACGUUGUAGACACUGCACCAGAAUCGGAUCACGCCUUUUGAUUUCUCUCCCCCUCGGCCCCCAAAUAUUCGAUUCCUAGGUUUCCGGACACAAACUCGUCCGCUUUCCAAAAAUCCCAGAACGUCAUUCGUCGAAUGGUUGAGAUAAUAUUCGUGGGUCCGUCGUGAAAAAGUGCAAGAUACAGGAGAAAGCGAGAGAGAGAGAGAUGUUAUCGGUGAAUCUUCUCAAGCGUACGGCCAUUGCCGCCAUGUGUAGGGUUUCGCAGAGGAACAAGCUUGGUGGGUUCAGGAGCCUCACCGUCGUCGAACCGGCGACUGCGACUGCGACGACGGAUGUGGCGGCGCCGGCUACGACGGCGACGACGAGGACGGAGGAGAAGAAGGAGAUAACGGUGGAGGAGGCGAAGAAGCUGAUGAGGCUGGUGAAUGUGGAGGAUCUGAAGAAGAAGCUUCUGGGCAUGGCGGAUACAGAAGUGGUUCCUUACGAUGCCCUUUUAGAGGAGUCUCAGAGAAUAGGAAUCGCCAGAUCUCUGGACGAAGCUCAUGCCUUCGCUCGUGUCCUCGACGACGCCGGAGUUGUUCUCAUUUUCCGGGGAAAGGUUUAUCUUCAUCCCGACAAGGUGGUGGGUUUGGUUCGAAGGGCAAUACCCAUGGCUCUAACACACGAGGAUGAUCCAAUGAGGGAGGAAUUCGACAAGCUGAAGAACAUGAAGGAAGAAAUCGAUGUUCUUGCUCACAAGCAGGUCAGGAAGAUUCUCUGGUGCGGUCUUGCAUACUCCGUGGCUCAAAUCGGGCUCUUUUUCCGGCUGACGUUUUGGGAAUUCUCGUGGGACGUGAUGGAACCCAUCGCGUUUUUCGCCACAGCCACGGGUAUAAUCGUUGGUUAUGGCUAUUUCCUCGUCACUUCAAGAGACCCUUCGUACCAGGAUUUCUUGAAGAGGCUCUUCAUCUCCAGGCAGAGGAAAUUGCUCAAAAGGUACAAGUUUGAUGUUGAGAGGUACAAGGAGUUGGAGAGGAAGUGCAAGACCUCGUCUUGCCACGCUGCAGCGUCCAUUAGAAACCGAGUCGGAUUAGAGAUUGAUCUUGAGGAUUCCUUGCACAAAGAUUGAUCUUUCUUCUGCUCUUGAUCAUAUAACCUAAUAGCUUUCUUGGUAACCAUGAGAAUAUUGUAGUAUGAGUUUUGAUGCUGAAAGAUUCAAAGAAUCUGAGAGGACAGAGCAGGGAUUGCCCUUCCACGAAGAUUUGGCUAAUCAUCUUUGUGUUGAGCUCUUCUCUCAUAACCCUUACUAGUUUUCCCUUUUGGUGGAAGGUGGCUUAAGAAUCUGACCAGUUUUUUUGGGAUUACUGCUUCCAUCUUCCUGAUGAUAGAUAUUAUUAGAUUUGAACAUUUUGGAGAGGUUUGAACUUUUCUGUGCUACAAUGGAAGGAAAUUCAAGUUACUGAUUCUGGUCCUCUUGCUUUAUCUACAUUGCCUUUCGGUGUUUCAUAACAUCGUCUGUGAUUGGGGGAAACCCUAGAUAAGUUGGCAUGGAGCCGAAAGGUUAGGGUUCGACUCCUUACCCGCUCAUCUGCUGUCCGUCAAUUAUGACUAAUCUAUCUCCUACGUGUUUGUUGAGGGUUCGUAUAUGUGGACGAUGUUUAUCUAACCAGUACGUCCUAAGCUCCCUACAAUAUAAAAAAAACAUAAACAUCGUUUGUGAUUGUGUGUUGUAUUUUGUGAUAUUCCUUAAAAUUUUCAUGACAUGGGCGCACA